UGGGUGAGUGUUUGCCGCGCGGUAUCCGAUGCCAUCCGCGACUUACGGGCGGCGGCGGGGCGCAGGCUGCGGAGAGGACGGCUGACCGGUUGUGCAGACAUGGCCAAGUCCAAGAACCACACCACACACAACCAGUCCCGAAAAUGGCACAGAAAUGGUAUCAAGAAACCCCGAUCACAAAGAUACGAGUCUCUUAAGGGGGUGGACCCCAAGUUCCUGAGGAACAUGCGCUUUGCCAAGAAGCACAACAAGAAGGGCCUAAAGAAGAUGCAGGCCAACAAUGCCAAGGCCAUGAGUGCACGAGCUGAGGCCAUCAAGGCCCUCGUAAAGCCCAAGGAGGUUAAGCCCAAGAUCCCAAAGGGUGUCAGCCGCAAGCUCGAUCGACUUGCCUACAUUGCCCACCCCAAGCUUGGGAAGCGUGCUCGGGCACGCAUUGCCAAGGGGCUCAGGCUCUGCCGGCCAAAGGUCAAGGUCAAGGCCAAGGCCAAGGAUCAAACCAAGGCCCAGGCUUCAGCUCCAGUUUCAGUUCCAGCUCAGGCUCUCAAAGGUGCCCAGGCCCCUACAAAGGCUUCAGAAUAGAUAUCUUUGUCUGCCAAUGCGAGGACAGAAGGACUGGUGUAACUCCCCUGGGGCUGCCAUCUGCAUGGGGCUGGGGUCCUCCUGUGCUAUUUGUACAAAUAAACCUGAGGCAGGAUUAGUUAGCCUCUGUCUAUGA